CUCGACUUCGUUCAUUUCACCCUCACCCGCGCCCACCACACCUCCAUGCCAGGCAGAGGCGGCGGUAGCGCAAAGCGCAAGCGCUCAGGAGGAGGCGACGAUCGCAGCGGGGGACGAGGACGUCGCAAGCAAUGGCGUGGGGCAGGGAAUGGUCAGAUGGGAGGGCAGGGAAUCAUUCUGACGUGCAAUCGAGGCAAGGAAAAGCGCGCAGCGAAUGAGCUGGUUGAUUUGCUCGUCGAGACGGCCGAACGUCUUCACCCAGAGCUGGACCUCGAGACGCUCCCUGUGUCGGUCAAAACCAGGCCGCCUGCUCCUUCCACCACAGAGGGCGGCGAGGAGGGGGCGAGAGAGGAGGUGGAUAUGGAUGAGCUGGCGAAUGGUGGGCCCUCUACGUCGGUGUCCACGCGCGUGGCUCAGCCUGAAGAAGGGGAGGAGAACGAGGCGCAGCAGCAGCAAGAGGCGCCCGCAGUCGCCCCUCGAGCAGACGACAUAGAAGCAGAGCUGCGCGCCGAGCUUGCUGGCCUCAAGGAGAACAAGGGGAAAAGCGCGAGAGUGCAGGGCCCAUCCAAAGGCAGAAACGCUGCGGAUCAAGAGGCCAAAUUUGCCCCUCCCUUUCGCAUCGUCGAGACGGGAACGGAAUGUCUCAUCUACAUCCAGUUUCACCCUGCACUCGACCCAUUCGAGCUCACCUACGGCUUGCUAGAGGAGGUAGAGCGCACGGGGGAGGCGCGUAGUCGCAUCAUCUCCCGCCUCACCCCCGUCUGCGGUUUCGCCUCGGCCACACAGGGCGGGAUUGAGCAUCUGGCACGACAGUACCUGGGUCGUUGGUUCAAGGAGGGAGGCGAGGGGACGUUCAAAAUCGAGCCCCGCAUCCGCAGCAACAACACCCUCGCCCGCAACAUGAUCAUAGAUACGGUCGCCUCGUUCAUCCCCAAAGACGGGCGCUAUCGCGCCGAGCUGAAAGCGCCCGAGCUGUGGGUCGCAGUCGAGGUGCACAAGGCGCAGGCUGCUCUGGGGGUGUGUCGCGAUUUUUUGAGGUAUGCCAAGUUGAAUCCGUUGGAGCUGGCUACGGCUGUCAGGGGAAGGAGGGACGCUGAGGCGGGGCACGAGGGAGAGGAGGGAAAGGAUGGUGUCGUGAACGCAGCACCAGCGGGCGAGGCGUAGUCGCACAGUCAUGCUCAUGAUCAAUGUGUCAUCAUUCAUCCU